ACACCCUGUCGAGUUUGACAACUGCAAUUAUCGGCAUAGCAAGAAAAGUGUAUAAGCGUGUAAUUUCAACGAUAAAACUUUAAUUUUUGCGAAUAAUAAUUGCUUUGAAAAAGACAGAAAAAUGUCUUACGGUGGCCAACAAAAUCAGCCUUGGCAGCGAAAAGGCGGUUUUUAUCAGGGAGGUGCUAAUCAAGGUGGAAUGUUUAUGCAGCAACAGCAUGCUCCUUCACAAUCUGCUUUCGGACACUCGGCCAUUUUUUCGCAAGGUGGUAGUGGUGGCGGCGGUGCACCCUCUGUAGCCUACCCUCAACAGCGGGCGACAACUUUGAACCCAGUUGCAUUUCAGCAACCCAAUGCCGGUGGCCAAACUAUGACCAACUCUAUAGGCACCGUAACAAAAAUCAAUAACGAAUGUGGACUUAUCAAUGAUGAAGUCUUCUUCUAUCGUAAUGCUUGUAAGGGCGCCAUACCGAAAUUGGGUGAUCGCGUAAUGUUUGAAGCAUCCUAUUCAACAACUGGACAAUUUAAGUGGAAUGCAACGUUGUUACAACUAAUGGGUGGUAACAUGUCGCACCAAACUCAACAACUGCCACCUUUAAUGGGAAGCGGCGGUGGCGGUAGAAGCGGAAGCGGUUAUAAUGCUGUGCCACCACCGAAUGAAUACCAACUGGCGCAGAUGCAGUUACAACAACGACAUGGUUCACCACGGCAUCCGUCCCCUAUGCGUGGUGAAAGAAGGAAUGAUCGAGACCGAGACCGACGAGAACGUGAUCGCAAUAUUCGCGGCCGUGACAGCGAAGAUUUGGAAAGAGAUCGAAAACGUCGACGUGAAGAUAACGAAAGAAGUCGUGAACGCACCAUGUCAGGCAUAGGACGCGCACAUGAUAGAGAUCGUGAACAUGAACGCGAAAGAGAUCGUGCACGCCCAGAUGGCAAGCCUGAUCACGCUUUGGAACGUAGAGAUCGCGAACGCGAGCGUGAACGUGAAAAGGAGCGAGAAAAGGAACGUGAACGCGAACGAGAACGUGAUAGAGACCGUGGUGAUCGUGUUGAACGCAGUCCACAUCGUCCACCAGUGAAGGGACGACGUACACGUGCUAUUCGCCGUUAUAUGGUGCAAAUACCUACAAAUUUACUAGCCUAUAAUUCGGCCGAUUUGCAAGAACUACGUCAACGUUACACAAAACUGUACAUUCCAUCGGACUUCUUUCAUGCUAACAUCUUGUGGCCUAAAGUUUUCACACCUGAAAAUGCUUUCUCACUAUGCCGUCCAUGCCAGUUUCAUAUAAUGCAUCGCAUGGAGGACGAUAUACCCGAACCAUCUGAUGCAGAUUAUUUAUAUUCAGCUAAGGUUAUGCUAAUGGCCUGUCCACCGAUCGCCGAACUUUAUCAGAAAUGCUUUGACGAUGACGAGAACGACAACGAACAUAGUACAGUGCAUCCAUCGCGUUUGAUUAGUUUCCUCGUAGGUACUAGGGGACGUAAUGAACCUAUGGCCAUUGGUGGGCCAUGGAGUCCCUCGCUCGAUGGUGAGAAUCCCGAUAAGGAUCCGGCGGUAUUAAUACGUACAGCUAUACGUACUUGCAAAGCUUUGACUGGCGUCGAUCUAUCGCAAUGCACGCAAUGGUAUCGCUUUGUGGAGCUUCACUAUCAUCGUCAAGAUCACAAGAAGAAGGACGCACCACCGCGUAUUGAAACUGUUGUUAUCUAUUUGCCCGACGUGCAUUCCUGCAUGCCGAAUGCAGCGCAAUGGCAAGAAUUGAGUCAAGUCUACAAGAAUGCUGUGGAGAAUGCCAUCGCGCCAAUAAGUGCCACGAAUAAUGACAAUGCUGAUGCCACAUCGAAUGGUGAUGGCGAAGAUGCUGCUGCUGCUGGUGAUGCCGACACUGCAAAUGCUGAAGCUGCUGCCGCUGCAACGGGUGAGGCGGAUGCUGCCAACAAUGAAACUGAUGCGGAAACAACAACAACAACUGCCACAACAAAUGGAAACGACGAUGCUGCUGCUGCUGGUGCUGCGGACACUACUGCGGAAGUUAUUACUAUAGAGGAGAAUGACCAACCGGAAGCUACACACUAUUCCAAAUUGGACCUGAAGUCGUUGAAGGUGCAGGAAAUACGCGAUGAAUUAGCCGCACGCAAGCUAUCACCGAAAGGUGCACGUAAUAUUAUUAUGGCACGCCUAGCUAAGGCGCUAACCACCGAAAAGGCAGAGGAUAAGGCUACAAAGAAAACAGCGCCAAAGCCUGAGCCGACCAAAGCACAACCGACGCCCGUUAAAAAAGACGAGGCUAGUGCUAAGAAAGCCGAAACUAAAACUGAAGAUGUCGUACAGAAAGAAGAGGAAAAUGAAAAGCCCAAGGAUGAAGAGAAUGAGGAACAGGAGGAAUGGAAUGAUGUUAUUGAUGUUGAUAUGAGUGACAUUGUUAUACUGGAUGAAUAUGAUUCCAGCAAAAACCCGGAGGAAACACCCAGAGAGUUGAACGAAAAGGAGAAAUAUCGCUUAACACGCCGUUAUAAAUUGCCAGCUAAAGAGCACAUCAUUGUGCAACCCAGCAAAACUGUUAAAGGCGAGAAAUUUGAUUGCUCAAUUAUGUCAUUGUCGGUGUUGUUGGAUUAUGGACCAUCGGAUACAAAAGAGCGCUUCUUUGAGGUGUCCAUUUUCGCUGAGUUGUUUAACGAAAUGUUAAUGCGCGACUUCGGUUUCAAUAUCUAUAAAGAGAUGUAUCUUCACAAGGAGGAAAACAACGAGAGCACAGAAGGCGCCAAAGAUAAACCGGAGGAGAGCACUAAUGGUGGCAAUAAAACGGAUGAUGGCCAAACCAUGGAAGUCGAUGAGGAGUCAAAGACCUCUGUCGAUGCCAAAUCCAAUGCUGAAGGUAGCAGCGGUAAAUCCAUAUCGGAGCGUAGGGCGUCAAAACGUAGUAUUGUCGAUGACGCUGAUAGCGAACGCAGACACAGGUCGACGGGCGCCAAUGGCAAGGAGAGAGAGCGCGAGCAUGUUGCGGACAAGAAAAUGGUUGUGGUGAAGCCACAACUUUUGCUGUCUUUCCUCUACUUUGACACCUCACAUUGUGGCUAUAUAUUUGAGAAAGAUUUGGAGGCUUUAUUCACGGUGUUGGGUUUGAAUUUAUCGCGUGGCCAAAUACGUCGCAUGCUUGGAAAACUCGCUAUACGUCAAUCAUUUUACUAUCGAAAACUCACCGAUAAGGAAGAGUCCACUGAAGCGCCACCCAAAAUUGAGGAUGCAGAUGAUAUACCCAGUGAGGAGUUGAAGAGAAUUGCACAGGGCAACUGUAUAUACAUACAGAAUAAGGAGAAAGAGGUUAGCAGUGAGGAAAGCGCAAUCGUUUCCACUAACGACACGAAUGAUAGUGAUGGCCUGGUCACCUAUAACGGCAUUGUCAUACACGUUGGUAAAUUGUUGGAUCAAAUCAAACGCACCGAAAAGAACUAUGGCGAUUUGGAGAAAUUGUAUAACGAUCUCAGAAAGCAAAACACAGAUUUGCAGCGCGAUCAUUCCAAGUCGAGCAAUAAAAUCAAAGACUUGCAGUCGGAAGUUAAAAGUCUAACACGUAAACUCUCCGAUGCAGAUCAAGAUUUAUUCGCGCUGAAUCGCAAGUAUCGCGAUCAGCAUAGCACACUCUCGCUUAUUUACAGUCGUGUAGCGCCCUUCUUCAGUCGUGAAAAAGACAAGGAUCAUAAAUCUGAUAGCGCACGCGACAAAGACGCUGAUAAGGAUAAGGAUAAAGAUAAAGAGAGGGAUGUAAAGGACAAAACUAAAGAAGGCACCAAGUCAAGCAAAGAUAAGGAGAAGGAAAAAGAAAAAGAAAAAGAGAAGGAGAAGGAGAAAGAGAAAGAGAAGAAUAAAGAAAAGGAUAAAGCAAAGGACGCUGGUAAGGACGUUGAGAAGGUCAAAGAAGCCGUUGAUAAAAGUGAGGUUAACAAAACUGAAACCGAGCAGGCAGAAACAGCUACAACUGAACAAAAUGAACAAGAUGAUGAACAGCAAGAACCAAUGGAAGACUAAAAAUGCAUUUAUUACGGAAAUAACAUUGGUAUAAUAUUAUAAGAGGUUUUAUGCGUGUUUUUGGUUUUAUGUGAACAUGAAAAUAUUUAUCCAAACAUUUACACUAUUUACCCCCAUCAACGCGAAGAUAACUUUAAAUACGACAUGUUACGAGUGAAUAUUCCUUUGGCUAAAUAUUAAAUGCAUAUACACAUAAAUAAAUAUUUAAUGAAUUUUGAGAAAAUACAAAAAUACAAUAUAUUUAAAAUAAAAAGCUGCAAAGGUUUGCUAACGGAAAUUA